AUGGUCAACGAUGGCGACGGCCCUUUUGGACCAGUUGUUAACGGAACACAAAUCGUUUUCUACGAGUACCGACCAAACGGGCCCGCAGGAUGGGCGUUCCUAGUUCUCUUCGCCGCUGGGGUACUCGCUCAUAUUGGUUACUUGUUCUGGCUUCGAGCGUGGCAUUUCAUUCCAUUUAUUCUUGGAGGCGUCGGAGAAGCUUUCGGUUACUAUGGCCGCGCGAAGGCCUCGCAAGAUCCUACUGCCGUAGGCCCCUUUAUCAUGCAAAACCUACUCAUUCUCGGAUCACCACCCCUUUUCGCCGCUUCGAUCUACAUGAGUCUCGGCCGAAUCAUCAUUGCACUCGAUCUCCGGAGACACGCGGUGGUCAGUCCGAGACUGACGGCGUUUUUCUACGUCAUGGUCGACAUUGGCUGUUUUGUGAGCCAGGUCUUCGGAGCAGUGAUGCCAGCAUCAGGAGACCCCAGCGCCAUAGACUUGAGUAAGAAGAUCAUCAUGGGUGGCCUUCUUGCCCAGCUGGGGGUCAUCUGUCUUUUUGCCCUGUCCUGCUGGCAUUCUCAUCGAUGGGCCAAGCGCGAAGCACCAAAUCUCAACGCGACCCACGCCGGGAUCCAUUGGAACAAGUAUUACCUCAUGACCUACCUUGUGGCAUUCAUCAUGUUCGUGAGGAGUUUGGUCAGGGGUAUUGAGUAUCUUGAGGGAGGAGGAGGAUACAUCAUCGCACACGAAGUCUUUGUGUAUCUUUUCGAUGCGACUCUGAUGGUGGCUAUCAUGGGUCUGUAUCUCUGGAUUCACCCGGGCCGAUUGGUACGAGACAUUGCUCGUUUUAAGAACGAUGGCUUCGGGGACGAGCGAAACAUCAUGCUGGAAAGGCGCUGA